UCGAACUCACUACACUGUCUUCUCACAGAGAGAGAGAUAGAGCUUCCAGGAACAACCCUAGAAUUCUCUCUCGACGUUCUCCGGAAUUGGAGAAGCCAUUCUCGCCCUUCAGUUUACCCUCCGAUUACCAUUUUUCUGCGCUAAGCUUGUACCCACCACCUCCAUAAUGCAUAAAUUAACUAGAGGACAUCGAGAUAAACUCCAUCAAUUUAUGGCUAUAACUGGUACAAGUGAAAAGGUUGCUCAUCAGGCCUUGAAGGCUAGCGAUUGGCAUCUCGAAGGAGCUUUUGAUGUGUUUUAUAGUCAACCCCAAAUUAAAGCAUUCACCGACUCUAGACAUUUGGAAGAGCUCUAUAACAGAUAUAAAGACUCAUAUGUUGAUAUGAUAUUGGCUGAUGGUAUCUCACUGCUCUGCGAUGACCUUCAGGUGGAUCCUCAAGAUAUUGUUAUGUUGGUUGUUUCUUGGCAUAUGAAGGCAAACACAAUGUGUGAGUUUUCCAAACAGGAGUUUAUAGGUGGAUUACAAGCACUAGGGAUAGAUUCUCUGGAGAGGUUCCGAGAAAGGAUUCCAUAUAUGCGUUCUGAGUUGAAAGAUGACCAAAAGUUCCGUGAGAUUUACAACUUCGCAUUUGGUUGGGCAAAAGAAAAGGGGCAAAAAUCUUUAGCAUUGGACACCGCAAUUGGAAUGUGGCAGUUACUAUUUGCUGAAAAGCAGUGGCUCCUGGUUGACCACUGGUGUCAGUUCUUGCAGGCUCGGCAUAAUAAAGCUAUUUCUAGGGACACAUGGUCUCAACUUCUGGAGUUUGCAAGGGUAAGAAUGACCGUGGAGCCUACACUAUCAAAUUAUGAUGCCGAAGGUGCUUGGCCAUACCUUAUCGAUGAAUUUGUUGAAUACCUGAAUGAGAAUGGCAUAAUCCAGAGUAGUAGUCAGUCAAAUGAUUCGAGUCAAAUAAGGUGAUAUGCUACUGCAACUGGUUUGGGAUUAUUCAAUAUUUAUGUUGGUGUGAUUUGAAUACCCCUCUCUGGUUGAAUGAAUGAAUUCAUUGGAGGGGAAGUAAGAUAUAAGGGGGGGGAAGAGUGAGGGACUGACAUCCGAGUGAAGACAUUUUAUUUAAUUUGUUGUUGAAUUUGGUAUAUCAUCUAUAUUAUUGAGUGGGAAAGUGGACUUUAUAGUAAUAAUACUGUGAAAUGAACAAACCCCCUUCCCUCUUGUGUUUUA